CAUAAGCUCAUAAGACAUUGUGAAAGCCAGAAAAUGGAAGGAGAAAUCAAGAACUUGAUCAAGGUAUGGCUUAUGGUAUUAGCAUCACUAUUGUAUUGCCGUUUCAUAUCCACCAAGCUUUCAAAGGGCAAGCUAAGGCUCUUCUCUCUCCUCCCAAUUUUCUCUCUCUUCACAAUUCUCCCUCUCCAACUCUCCUCUGUUAUGCCCACUGGAAUCACUGCCAUGUCCAUUACAUGGUUAUGCAAUUUCAAGCUCCUUCUCUUUGCAUUUGAUCAAGGCCCACUAAUUCCAUCUAAUGAUAAAGACCCACCUUUGCCACUUCUUCAAUUCAUAGCCAUAGCUUGUCUUCCUGUUAAAAUUAGGCAAAAUCAGAAACACCCAUCUCACCAAAACCACAAAUUGCCUAUCAAUUGGCCUGCCAAAGUUGUUUUAUUUGCUGUUUUGAUUGGUAUGUUGAAUGCCUAUGUUACCCAAUUGCACCCAAAACUGGUUUUGAUUGUGUAUUGUGUGGUGUUGUAUUUUCUUGUGGAUGUGAUUUUUGGUGUGUGCAAUGGUUUGAUGAUGUUGUUGGGGAUGGAGCUAGAACCACCGUCCGAUGAGCCUUAUUGUUCAACAUCAUUGCAAGAUUUCUGGGGGAGGAGGUGGAACCUCGUGGUAACAAAUACUCUGCGCCGCACUGUAUAUAAACCAGUGAGGGUAUUCUCGGAAUAUUGGGUUGGUAAACAGUGGGCCCCGCUGCCGGCGGUGUUGGCGUCUUUUUUGGUCUCCGGUCUGAUGCACGAGCUCAUAUUCUACCAUAUCAUACGUGCGGCUCCCACGUGGGAGGUCACUUGGUAUUUUGUGUUGCAUGGGUUGUGUUUGGUUGUGGAAUUUGGUGUGAAGAAGUUGGUGGCGGGCCGGUGGCGGUUACAUUGGGCCGUGUCUGGGCCAUUAACGGUUGGGUUCGUGGCGGUGACCGCUGCGUGGCUGUUCUUUCCUCCGAUGACCAGGACCGGAGCCGAUGUUAGAGCCAUUGAGGAGACUAAAAUGCUAUUCAAUUUUGUGAAGGAGAGACUACAAGUAUGAAGGAACGUGUUAGGGUUUUAGCUUGAGUUUUGAAUUCUUGGCUUUCUAAGGUCAAUAUAAGUUUAGGUUGUAUUUUCACCAUGUUUCACCAUAAACAAGAAUGUGAAUCCUUUUUAGGAUGAUAAUUUGAGAUACAAAACAAAUAAUUAUCUUUUUA